GGCAUGGAAGGCCCAUGCCCAGGACCGGAGAGGAGGGAGGUGGAGCAAGAGGGGAACGCGGAAGAAAACAAGGAGGAAGAUUAUGAUGCAGUUUCAAACCCAGUCAAUCCUCCUGAUGAGGAGGUUGAUGUAGCGACCCGCGAACGAUUCAUACAACGAGCUCUAUCUGAAUCUGCUCGGCUGCGCAAAGAAACAGGCAAAUCUGAACAAAAGCGUGACGAAGUGAGGUCUACCAUGGAGGGCGGCGCAGCGCGGAUGGCUGAACUAACGUCAGAACACAACGAAGAACAUUUCUCAUCAUUCGCAUGCGCAAAUCCAGCGCCAGGAGCUGGUGCUGAGAAUGCUUGAAUCCGAUACAAGCUACUGUGACUUUUGGGUUGAGCUCUGUCUAGCCUUGAACUUGAUGAAUUUUGUAUGAAUUUAUUCUUAACUGGAUGAUGACUACUGAUCUAAUAAACUUGAAGAAAACUU